AUACGAUUCCUCGAACGCGUAACACAAAGCCUGGAUUAUAGCGCAACAUCUCAAGCAGCUGAUAGUAAAUUAAAUCACAACAAAAUGCAUAGCUUACUUGUGAUCGCCUGCACCCUAGCGAUGGCUACGGCCAUGCCUGAGCCGCCCUCACGUUACGGACCACCACCAGUGCCGCAAAAGCAAUACGGUCCACCACCAGCGGCACCAGCGGAACAAUACGGCCCACCAGCACCAGCUACACAAGCCCCUUCCCAACCAUUACCGGUUUACGGCCCACCAGCGCCCUUCUACGGUCCACCACCAGCCACUGAGGCUAUCGUAACGAAAAAUGUGUACGUGCAUGUGCCACCAGAGGAGCCGGAAUUGUAUCAGCCACCAGCACCUAUCCAAACUGCCUUGCCCAAGAAGCACUAUAAGAUCAUCUUCAUCAAGGCACCAAAUCCACCAGCUCCAGUGCAACAAGUGGUGCCACCGCCCGUACAGGACGAACACAAGACACUCGUCUAUGUGUUGGUGAAGAAACCAGAGGAACAACAGCCACUAAUAUUGCCAUCACCUGCACCAACCGAACCCAGCAAGCCAGAGGUUUACUUCAUCAAAUACAAGCAACAGCCCAAGCCCGCUUCCCAGUACGGACCACCACUUGCACCGGCCUCUGAGUAUGGCCCACCACAGGCGGAGAAGUUCUAAGCCAGUACCUGAGAAUUGGAGUAGAUGACGUGGCGCUAGUAGGCGCUUGCUUGCUAUUGUAAAUAGGUUUCAAUCACCCUACGAAUACUUAGUGUGUUGUUUUACGAAUUAGUACAA